AUGGCUAUCGAAUCAGAGGAAGUUCACCAUGAAUCAUCUGAAGAAUACGACUCUGAAGAAUACGACGAUGAUGAGGAGGUGCUCGAUACUGAGCAUAUAGAUGUGGAAAUGGAAGAAGAUGAUUUCAAGACACAGGAUGAAGAAGGGUUUGGGUCAGAAGAGGAAAUCGAUGACACAGCAGAGGCUAAUGAUCUUCAUUUGGGAGAUGUGGGUGGUGUAGGCUUCCCCAUUCACGAUCCAUCAGUUAAGUGGAAUAAGAUGAAGCCUCUUCUUGGUGAAAGGUAUGAAUCACCACAUCAGUUGCAACAAUGUCUCACUAAUUAUGCUAUUAAGGCAGGGUAUAACAUUACAUUUUCGAAGUGUGACACUGUGAGAUUAAUUGCCAAAUGUGGUUCUAAGAUGAAGUCUCAACCCUGUCCAUUAAGAGUUUAUGCUUCUUAG